GAAAUGGCCCCUUUCCGGGAAUUAUUGACUUGUAUGGAACUGGAGGAGGACUCCCCGAAUACAGGGCAUGCCUUCUGGCCAACUAUGGCUUUGCUGUGCUGGCUCUGGCUUUCUAUGGCUAUGAAGAUCUCCCAAAAGAGAUGAAGGAAUUCCACCUGGAAUAUUUUGAAGAAGCCGUAAACUAUAUGUUACAACACACCCAGGUUAAAGGUCCGGGGAUUGGUUUGCUUGGAAUCUCGAAGGGGGGUGACCUGUGCAUCUCCAUGGCCUCCUUCCUAAAGGGCAUCACAGCCACCGCCCUUAUCAACGGCUCGGUGGCAAAUGUGGGCGCAGUGCUCCGCUACAAGGACAUCACCAUUCCACCCCUUGGUUUCAAUGUGAAACUCAUCAAGGUCAGCAAGUCUGGGAUUGCUGAUAUUAUCGAUGUACUGAACAACCCACUAGAAGGGCCUGGCCGCCAAAGCUUUAUCCCUUUGGAGAAGGCUGAGUGUCGCUUCUUGUUCAUUGUUGGCCAGGAUGAUCACAACUGGAAAAGUGAAUUCUUUGCAGUUGAAGGGAGCAAACGUUUGGAAGCUCACGGGAAGGAAAAGCCCGAGAUAGUCUGUUACCCUGGAGCAGGGCACUACAUUGAACCCCCCUUUUUCCCGAUGUGUGCCGCCUCAAUGCACCUGCUAGUUGGCCAGCCUGUGGUGUGGGGAGGGGAGCCCAAGGCACACUGCGAGGCACAGAUAGAUGCUUGGAGGCAGAUCCGAGCUUUCUUCUGCAAACACCUCAUGGGCCAGCCAUCUGGAACAUCCAAUAAGCUGUGA